AUCGCUCUCUUGAGGAAAUUUUCCAAUCGUCAUAGAUCUCGAAAAUGAAACCGGGGAAAACAGCAUGACUUUAUUCUAUUUAUGCGUUUCAUGCGAUAGAUAAUUGUAGCCGACGAUAUCCCUAAGGAAAACAUUACACCAACAGGGAGAAGAUAACUUCAAGGUUUUGGUAAAAACAGGAAGCAGUCGUUUUAUGGUUAACAGCUUGCUUUAUGGUUUAUUUUGACAAACUUCAUACCCGGAAGUCUUUAUUACAACCUAAUCUAAAACCACCUCGGCUUUCGAGUCCCUUGUCCAAUACAAUACCUGUAAUUCAAGCUACUGGAAGAACAUGGAUAUCAAUAUCUUGCUGCACAAUAUCAGCGAAGAACUCGACUCCAACGAGAUUGAUGCACUCAAAUUCCUGUGCAAAGACCACAUUCAAAGGAAAAAAAUGGAAGGCGUCCACGAUGGUCGGGACCUCUUCUUGAGGUUAGAAGAACAAGGGCUCUUGGAAGAUGUCUCCAUUGUGGGGGAGCUGCUGUACACUAUCAAACGAUAUGACCUGCUCAAAGUCCUCGGAACAUCUCAAAAGAUAACUCAGGAUACUCUUCGGAUGCAAGGGGACUCUGGCUGUCUGAUCUCCUCCUACAGAAAGCUACUGUAUGAGGUGUCGGAAGAUGUGUCUGAAGACAAUCUUGAGGCUAUAAAGUUCCUGUUGAAGAUUCCCCAGGUCAAAUCUUGUAAGAGCUUCCUUGACGUGUUGAUAGAGAUGGAGAAACAGGAGCUGUUGGGUGACAACAACUUUAAGGAUCUUGAGAGUUUGCUUGAAAACUGUCAACCAGAGCUGUGCUUCCGGGUUAAGGAGUAUGUAGCGGGCAGGGAUGUUGGCAAUACAAGUAUGACCUCAGUGCCUGAAACCAUGAUUGUACCAUCUGUCCAAGAGUCACCUUCCUCUACUAUGAGUCCAGUCAGUAGUGAGGGAGGAAUGAGUCUUUUCGCAGAUACGGGACCUGGCAGAACAGACCUAGAGAAGGACUGUUAUAACAUGACUCAUCGUCCACGUGGAUACUGUCUCAUCAUCAACAACUAUAAAUUUGCGAAGGCCAGUCAGCUGGGAAACCGUAAUGGUACAGAUAAGGACGCUGACAACCUAUCAUCAGUCUUCAGCUGGCUGCAUUUUGAGGUGCAGAAAUACCAGGAUUUGACUGCGACAGAAAUUCUGAACACUGUGAAUCGAUUUGGAACAUCGGACCACAGCUCCAAGGACGCCUUUGUCUGCUGUAUCCUCUCGCAUGGCGAGAAAGGCUCCGUCUUUGGCACGGAUGGCCAGCCGAUCCUCAUCCAGAAAAUCACCCAGCCGUUCAAAGGCAGCAACUGCCCCUCCUUAGCAGGCAAGCCCAAAAUGUUCUUCAUCCAGGCCUGUCAGGGCAAGAGCAAGCAGAUGGGCACGUAUAUCCAGGCUGAUGGCGAUGGGGGCGACGACGGAAUCUGCAGCAGGGACACCCUGCAAAUCCCGGAUGACUCCGACUUCCUGCUGGGCAUGGCUACUGUGGCGGAUUUCCAGUCAUUCCGCCAUGUCCGCUUUGGCUCCAUCUAUAUACAGGAGCUGUGUAAGCAGCUGAAGGAAGGCUGCCGAAGGGAAAAAACCAUCCUGGAAAUAUUGACCAUAGUGAAUCGGGAGGUAGGCCUCAGAAGCUACCCGGACUUCAAGCAGAUGCCUGAGCCCAGGUACACACUGACCAAGACUCUGGUUCUGCCUGUGGACUGAGGGUGGACCCUGCUGGAUCUCAUCCCCUUUCAUCAGAGCCCCAGAACCACUUUCUAAUGCACUUUCUGAUGCUGAAUGAACAAAUUGAGGAUUUUCUAUGUCUGCUCAUUUCCUGGACUUUCAGUUCAAAAAAAGACAAACUCCCUUGGUCUGAUAUGUUGUUUUUCUGCUACAGUUGAAGCAAAGAAUCUUAAGUAGAAAUAUUUUAAUAAAAUUUUAUUUUUUUUAAAUAAAGUCAGACACAAUAACA